GCAAAGCAUUUUAAUUAAAACGUGAUUUUUUUGACAAAUAAUUUCAUAAAUAAGUGAUUAAAAUUCGCAGAAAGUGCUUUUAUCAAAUAAAAAUCAUCUCUAGUGUUUUAAAUUUGCACGCUGCCAUGCAAACUAAUUGAUUGCCAUAGUGAAAUAUAACAUAAAAGUUUGCUUCAAAUAUUAUUAUUCAGUUGCAAUAUGUUCCAUGAAAAACAAACUACCAUAUAUUGAUGUCUACUAAUUUUAUAAUGAGUCUGCUUCACAUUCAAUUUGGAUUAAAAUUUUGACAACAUUCGUGCCGCAUAAAAUAUCAUCAAUCUCCGGAACAUUUACUUAUGUACUUCCAUAUUGAAAGAAAAGACUGACACAAAUAAAAUGAAUAACUCAGCAUUUAAUGCGAACCACACAAAUUGCAAUCAGAGCACACAAAAUGCCCAAUCAUAUCGUUCACAACCGAAUUCGCCACAACUACAAAAUUAUCGGCGAGAGUCUCUUGUGAAGCCGACGUGGCAAAAUGUGUGCCCAGGCGAGGUGCCAUUCGAUACACUGGAAAAAUUAAAUAAAUUAUGUGAAGGUGAAAAACAGUCGAUUCUAAUGCAACAACAGAAAUUCCGACAACAAACACAACAACAAUGUCACUAUCAGGCAAAAGCACAAAAUAUCGAAUCGUCAUUGUUAACAUCAGUCAGUGGACACACUUCAUACCGUGACGGUGGCAUUGAUAGUGAUGCAGACACUUCAGAUGAUAUGGUUAACUGGAGUGGACUUAGCAAUAAUGUUUCAACAUCAGGAACCAGCAACAGCAAACAAUUUAUAUCUAAAGCGGGCAGACAACGACAUCAAACCGAUGCCUUCGACUUUGUUGGCAAGGUUAUGCUACUUGGAGACAGUGGUGUUGGAAAAACCUGCUUGCUUGUUCGAUUUCGCGAUGGAACUUUUGUAUCGGGCAGCUUUAUUUCAACGGUCGGAAUUGAUUUUAGGACGAAAAUUGUGCAGCUGGACAACACUCGGGUAAAGCUACAGAUUUGGGAUACUGCUGGGCAAGAGAGGUUUCGAAGUGUAACGCACGCAUAUUACAGAGAUGCUCAUGCGUUGCUUUUACUCUAUGAUGUAACAAAUAAAACAAGCUUUGAUAAUAUACGUGCAUGGUUGGUUGAGAUUCAUGAAUAUGCUCAAGAUGAUGUUGUCAUUUUGUUACUAGGAAACAAAUCCGAUUGUCCAGAUCGGCAAGUUAAACGUGAAGAUGGCGAACGAUUGGCAAGAGAAUAUAAUGUAACAUUUAUGGAGACCUCGGCAGCCACAGGCCUCAAUGUGGAUUUGGCGUUCUUAGCUGUUGCCAGGAAAUUGAAAAAUCGAAAAACCGAUUCGACGGACGACGCAAGAUUUAACGUGCAAGAUGCGAAUGAGCCUCCGACAAAAAGCUUAAGCUGUCCCCCGUGCAAUUUGUGAGUUAAUUACAUCAUCGUGUGGUUGACGCCGUUUUGAAUUACAACAAAUCCUUUUCUACAUUUUGGUAUUUAACAUCAAAGCAGAAAUUUGUCUUUGUUUGCGCUUUAGAUCAUUUAUGUCAGAUGUCUAUGCUCCCCGCUGUAGAUUAUAAAUGAUUAUGUGUAAAAUGUUUGUGUCAAAUAUAAGCCAAAAAAGGGGUUAGCAUUAAAGUUUUUUGCUUUGAUAAAAAUCUAAACGGAUAUGAGAUUUAAUUAACAAUAAAAAAUGUUCAAUGGUAUGUUUGUGUGCGUGUGUAUGUGAGUAUGCAAACAAAAUCGCACAUAUUGAAUAUCCUUGUUCAAUGUUCUUCAUGUAAACCAAAGCAAAUAAACAUUUGAAUUUACUCAUUGAAAAUGUUGAUUAUUAGCAAAAUGUAAAUAUGAAUUUUGAUGAAAGGUUAAUUAAUCAAAAUUACGUACCAAUCGUAUUGCAUAAGGUACACAUUCACGGUGUAAAAGUGGCUUUGAUCAAAACUUUUUAGACAUAGCUACACCACAAAAACACUCUAACUUGAUUUGUAGCAUAUCAUUACAUUUUGGCACUCAAUAUAUUUCCAUUACAAAAAGAAAACAUCUUUUCAUUUGCCAAAUAGCAUGCUUUCAAACGGUAAAUGAUAAAUAUAUCUCUACCGAAUUGAUUUAAAUAGUCAACGACCAUACAAUACAUACAUAUUAAUCGUACAAAUAUACAUAAAUUUGUACAAUAAUUUAAAUAUACACCAGCCAUACCAGACCUGAAUUAAAUUAUACAAAUAUACACUUUUAUUGUGUAUUUAGUAGCAUUUAAAACUAUCAUACAUAUUUAUUUACAGCAUGUUAAUGAAAUAUUAAUAGAAUUUGGCAUUUUCUAUCAGCAGAGCUUGUAAAUUCUAUACCAUAAUUAUUGAUUUAAUAUCAUUUUUAAGUAGAUCUAUUUCAUAAACGCAUAUACAAACUUGUACAUUCGACAAAGGCUCAACUUUUACCAUUGUUUUUGCUACUAUUUGGUGCAUCCUUAAAAUAUGUUUACAAACAAACAAAACAGACAACAAACUGUAAUAUUUAAUAUUAUAUUUUAUUGCUCAUAGUAAAUUACUCAUCAGUACCUAAUACAUAUGUUUGCUGAGUUGAAACUUUCAACUCGAAUGCGUACAUUUAUUUGAGUCAAUAACAGAGUUAACCCGAUUAUUGAAUGUAUACAAAAAGAUUUUUUUUUCAGUUUUGACCCAGUAGCGAACAGCAAUGAUUCAUACUCAUCAUAUAUGAGGGCCAACAUUAAAUUAAAGCCAUGACACAAUUUCAAAAGCAUAGACACUUUUUUAAAAAUAACAUUCUCAGCAUAAAAACUUGAUAAAAAGUAGAUAUUAUAGAUGGUGUACACUCUGACCUAUACAUUUGUAUAUGUUUUGGAGGUAUUCGUGGGGAAGCGAGGGGAAACAAAAUUGAAGAAGAUUCUUUUAUUAUUGAAUUAUUCUUCGAAACAUUUCCACUUCAUCCAUAUCCACUAAAAAUAUAAAGAAAAGAAAGCCAAAUUUCAUGGGAUAUUUGGGAUUUACAUUUCUUUUAUAAACCAGAAUGAUUUUGCCUCUGUUUGUUUUGUUUUUGUUUCAUUUAUUUAAAACUUUACUUUCCAUUUCAUAUAACAGCAGUUGGUAUAAAGACAGCCUCUGAAUUAAUUCGAUUUGAAAUAAAAAACACACACAUAUUAAUCAUAUCAGUCUCAUAGCAUGAAUACCAAACAACAAAUGAACAAACGAGCGUACAAUGUAAUAAUAGACCUUUUCUGAACUAAUUUCAGAGUACUUACAAUGUAGUGGUGUAAUGAUGUAGAUAAUGAAAUUAUAAUCCAUAACCACAAAUAGUGCGUUGAUUUUAAAUUUAAUUGGUUUUGAAAAAUGUCAGUCAUCAAUGGUGACAAUAACGAGGUGUUUGUGUAACUUAAAUUAAAUUAAAUUGACUAAACAAAUAGAAGCUCACAUUUGAUACACAUUUGUUUAAGUAAGGCUCUUAAACGAGUUUGAAGUAAAGUCAUAAUCCUACAUAGAAAAUAGGGAUUUUGAUUAAUUAACAAUUAUCUUAUUAUACCUGAUAGAAAAUAUAAACAUUUUUCUCUAAACGAAAGAUGUUGUAGACAAAUAUUUGGUAUACCUGAUGGUGAAACAUAUAAGUUGAUUGAUGACUUUUAUUCACAACUUAAAAAAGACUUCAAAAUAUUCAAUUUGCAAUGUUGACUGACUAUUACCAUAUUAAUGCUAUUUAUUAUUGUGCUCUUUACGCAUUUCAAAUCCAUUUCAUUGAAGUGAAAAUAGAAUUGUCAUUAAAUUUUGGCAAUUUGAAUUCUAUCCCAUUUAUUUUGACUGAAAUUAUCAAAAGAAAAGAAAAAAAAAUAAUGUCUAGUCAAAUUUUAAGUAAUAUUGUUUAGAUCUUCAGUUUAAAAUCAGAAUAUCUCCCUCACUACAAGAUUCGAAUUUUUUUACUAUGACGACUAUCAUGAAGAAAAAUGGCCUAUACCUAUACCUAAUAUGCAUCAUUUUUCACCAUGGUUCAAGUCUAUUCUUCUCAGAGCAUAUACUGAGCAUAGAUAUAUAUCCGGGAUAUUUUGUGAGUAUCCGAUAUUUAUCGCAGCCAGACAUUAUAAUGGAGUGAAAACAAUAGAAGUGAUUGUUAUAGGUCUAAGUAUAAAACCAUUUACAUUACUACAAUCAAUAUAACAAUAACUUCUAUUGUUUUUACUCUAUUUCAAAGUCUGACUCCAAUGAAUAUCGGAUACUGACAAAAUAUCCAGGAUAUAUAUCUAUGCCUAGUAUAUGCUCUGAUUCUUCAUCACAAAAAGAUAAUGAAGCGAUUCAAUUUUAAUUUACUCUUUAAGUAAAAAACUUGCAAGAUCGUCUCUACAAUUGAAGUAGGAAAAAAAGAGAAAAAUGUAUCUAUUUAAACCAGUCUAUGUAUUUCAGAUAGAUAUCCAUCCGAGAUAUUUUAGAAUAUCUGGAUAUUUAACGCAGCU